CCCUCCCUCCCUCUAUAAAGUCCCCCCAAACCCUUCCUCCCUCUUCAUAGCCUCAGCACUUCAUCCUAGUAAUUGACUCCGUACCUCUCUUUCUCUUGUCCCUCACGAUGUCUAAGGUUUUGGUCAGCUCUCUCUUCUCUCUCAGCGGGAGGUGUUACAGUGUGGCGGCGGAGAGUGCACGUGCCGUUCCGGGGGUGGCGAAGAGGGCGGCGGCUGCGACGGAGAAGACGGCAAUGGAGUCGGGUGGAUCCGCUAAGAAGGAGAUAUUCUGGAUGAGAGACCCCAAAACGGGUUGUUGGAUCCCCGAAAACCGGUUCGACGAGGUCGAUGCAGCGGAGCUCCGAGCUCGAUUGCUUCCGAAGAAACAUUGAGAAUAUAUAUUUAAUAGAUAUGUAAAAAGAUCUAUAUAAUCUCUCUGUCUCUUUUUCCUCUUUUUUUUCCCCUUAUAUUUCGCUUUUUGCUUUUUGUAUCAAUGAAGAAUGAUUAAAAAGGUGGUCAGUAAAAGU